UUAAGAGCCGCCGGUGCUCGAGCGGUCCGGUAUUUUACUUUCACCGAACGCAAUAUCUCACAGGCGAUUUUUUUUUCUUAUUGGUCGUUUAUUUGUUGGGUGUACGUGCAUGUGGAAUAUUUCCUUAUUGUCGCAUUCAGUUCAGUUUCAACUUUAAUUAUGAUUCCCGAGCAAGCCCUACCAAUGGUAUCAAGGACUAACGAAAGGAUAAUGCUCAUCACAUCCUACUUGCACACGAAACUACAAGAAAUCAAAUUAAUCAUAAGACUAUGUUAACAAACAAACACGCCAUCGAACACCAAAAUAAAUAAACUAGUCAAUAUGUACAUAUUCACAAAGUGCCAUUAAAACCAAACAUGGCGGUAAUCGCUAUCAGCUCGAUAGCAGCGGCGAUCAAAGCUGGAGUGGCUAUAAUAGGAGCCGGUAAAAUAGCCAUUCUACCUUUCCUCAUAGCGGCAAUGACUUACUUCCACUACGAUCAAUACGACCCGGAGAACAGAAACCCCGACAGAAAAACCCUGGACCCUACCUACGAUUUCAUAAUAGUAGGCGCCGGAUCCGCAGGAUCCGUACUGGCCAAUAGGCUAUCAGAAAUAUCCAACUGGAAAGUACUCCUGAUGGAAGCAGGUGGUCAGGAAACCGACAUCACAGACGUACCCAUCAUGAGCUUGUACUUGCACAAAAGCAAACUCGAUUGGGGAUACAAGACGGAACCUCAAGACACCGCGUGCCAGGCAAUGAUAGAGAAACGAUGCAGUUGGACCAGAGGAAAGGUCCUAGGAGGCUCCAGCGUUCUCAACACCAUGCUCUACAUCAGAGGCAACCGAAGGGAUUUCGACAGGUGGUCGGCCUACGGCAACGACGGCUGGUCCUACGAGGAGAUCCUGCCCUAUUUCAAGAAGAGCCAGGACCAGCGCAAUCCCUACCUAGCGCGCGACAAACGACACCACGCCACCGGCGGUUAUCAAACGGUGCAAGACAAUCCGUACAACACCCCGCUGGGCAUCGCUUUCCUCGAAGCCGGCCAGGAGAUGGGCUACGACGUGCGCGACAUCAACGGCGCCAAACAAACGGGCUUCGCUCUGUACCAGUUUACGAUGCGUCGCGGCGCCCGUUGCAGCACCGCCAAGGCCUUCUUGCGACCCAUUCGACUGCGGAAGAACCUGCACAUAUCCAUGUACACGCACGUCACCAAAGUGCUCAUCGAUCCCGAUACGAGGAGAGCCUACGGCGUGGAGUACAUCAAAAACGGACAGAAGCAAACCGUGCUGGCCCGAAAAGAGGUCAUACUAUCAGCGGGCGCUAUCAAUUCGCCUCAUUUGUUGAUGCUCAGCGGAGUAGGACCUCGCAAUCAUUUAGAAGAGAAAGGAAUCCGAGUCGUACACGAUUCACCAGGAGUUGGACAAAACCUGCAAGAUCACAUAGCCUCGGUGGUGACGUUCCUAAUCGACCACCCCAUCAGCCUGGUGAUCAAUCGGCUGGUCAACAGCAACACGGCUCUGAGAUACGCGGUGAAAGAGGACGGACCUCUCACGUCCUCCGUCGGCUUGGAAACCGUCGGUUUCAUAUCGACCAAAUACGCCAAUCAAUCGGACGACUGGCCCGACAUGGAGUUCAUGCUCACCAGCACCACCACCGCCGCGGACGGCGGCACGCAGGUGAAGAGGGCGCACGGCCUCACCGACGAGUUCUACAAGGAGGUGUUCGGAGACAUCAGCUACAGAGACACGUUCGGCAUCUUCGCCAUGAUGCUGCGGCCGAAGAGCCGCGGCGAGAUCAAGCUGAGGUCCAACGACCCGUUGGAGUACCCGCUGUUGUACCACAACUACCUCGACAACCGGCACGACGUGAACGUGUUGAGAGAGGGCACCAAGGCGGCGGUGGCCUUCGGACAGACGGAGGCUCUGAAGAGGUUCGGGGCGCGGUUGCACAACGUCCCGCCGCCCAAUUGCAAGCACCUGGUGCCCUUCACCGACGAGUACUGGGAGUGCUACAUCAGACAGUACACCCUGUCGAUCUAUCACUAUUCCUGCACGGCUAAGAUGGGGCCGGCUAGCGAUCCUUGGGCCGUGGUGGAUCCCCAAUUGAGGGUUUAUGGCGUGGCUGGUUUGCGAGUUAUCGACGCUUCUAUAAUGCCCUUCGUGACUAAUGGUAACAUCAACGCGCCCGUUAUAAUGAUUGGCGAAAAGGGCGCUGAUAUGGUGAAGCAAUAUUGGUUGAACGAGCAUGCAGGGCGCAGGAAAAGAGACGUUUAUGUUAAAUUUAACGCCAAAUUAACUGUUGAUAGAAAUGGAAAUGCUAGUGUAACGUAGUUUGUGGUGAAUUUAACAAUGGGUGAUAAUUGUGUUUAGUUUCAUUGCAUGAAUUAAUUUUUCUCCGAAUGAACGAGUGUUGAAAAAUGAACAAAGUGUAGAACGCGUUUUAGAAGAAAUUAUUGUGUUUUGAAUCAAUCGCUCAUAUAAAAA